GCAUCUAGAAUCGUGGGGGGGGGGUGUCCCCACCUUGCGCAUGCGCAUCUGGAGUCGCAGGGGGGGAAGCGUGCAAGAGAAACGCUCUCUUCUUUAACUCUUCCUGUGCCGGGCGCCGCCGAGUCGGCGCGGUUAGUGGUACUGGUGGCGCGUCCUGAUGCUGCGGCUUCGGCCCGCCAUCACGUGGGCGUGACGCCGCCGGGCGAGGGGCGGAGAGACCGCAGGCUGCUCCGUGGUGGCAGUGGCUGGCGAUGGCCCAGAAUCCCAUGGAGGAGGAGGAGUGCCCCGAGCUGAUUCCCAUAGAGGAUCAGGAGGUGGUGGGAGAAGAGGCUGAACUCAGCCACGGCACCAAGAUCCCAGUCACUAUCAUCACAGGCUAUUUAGGUGCUGGGAAGACAACUCUUCUUAACUAUAUUUUGACAGAACAACAUAGCAAAAGAAUAGCAGUUAUUCUAAAUGAGUUUGGAGAAGGAAGUGCCUUGGAAAAAUCCUUGGCUAUAAGUCAAGGUGGAGAACUCUAUGAAGAAUGGCUAGAGCUCAGAAAUGGUUGCCUGUGCUGUUCAGUAAAGGACAAUGGCUUGAAGGCUAUUGAGAACCUGAUGCAGAAGAAGGGAAAGUUUGACUACAUACUACUAGAAACCACUGGAUUGGCAGAUCCAGGUGCUGUGGCCUCCAUGUUUUGGGUUGAUGCUGAACUCGGAAGUGACAUAUAUCUUGAUGGUAUUGUGUCUGUUGUUGAUGCUAAGUAUGGAUUGCAGCAUUUGACAGAGGAAAAACCUGAUGGCCUUAUCAAUGAAGCAACUAGGCAGGUUGCAUUAGCUGAUCUAAUAAUCAUCAAUAAAACAGAUUUGAUUUCACAAGAAGAACUGAAUAAAAUAAGAACAGCUGUCAGGUCAAUAAAUGGACUUGUCAAAAUUUUAGAAACUCAAAGAUCAAGAGUUGAUCUCUGUGAAGUUUUAGAUCUGCAUGCUUUUGACAGCUUAUCUGGGAUAAGUUUGCAGAAAAAGCUGCAGCAUGUGCAGACUACACACCCACACCUAGAUAAGAGUAUUGUUACGAUUACAUUUGAAAUAUUAGGAAACAUAACUGAAGAAAAUCUAAAUGAAUUUAUUCAGAAUCUUCUGUGGGAGAGGAGUGUUAAAGACAAGGCUGGUCGUCCCAUGGAGGUCAUAAGACUCAAGGGGUUGGUAUCUAUUAAAGACAAAUCUCACCAGGUGAUUGUCCAAGGUGUCCAUGAACUGUAUGAUCUAGAAGACACCGUGGUAAGCUGGAAAGAGGAUGAUGAAAGAACAAACAGAUUGGUUCUAAUAGGCAGGAACUUGGAUAAGGAUAUCCUUAAACAAGUAUUUAUAGCUACCAUGACAGAAACAGGAAAACAGUUGACAUCACACCACAAAGAAGAAGAAAAAUCUGUCCUUAGCACUGCAAACUUUUAUAAUAAUGGAUGACAUGCAGUACAGUAGCUUCAUUUUGCUCUUGCAAUUUAUACAAUUGUUAAACUCUGAAUUUGACAUUACUCCUGUUAUGAAUUCCAAAUCAUCUAUUGUUUAAAUAUUUGCAUUUAUGUUACAGAAUAAAAUAGAGUAAAUUCAUGUUUCUAAAAUUUUGGCAUGUGUUUAAAUGAUGUAAUAAUAAUAUAUAUAUUCAUAGAAAUAGUUAAGGAUAAGUUGUUUUUUUUCUGAUGUUUGUGUAUGGGUCAUGUAGUAUUAUGAUUGAGGCUAUCUGGUGCACACACAAUAGAGAAAUUUAGAGCUUCCCAAAACAAUUCUGAGGCUACUGCUCCAUCCUGUUGGUUCUUUUAAUAAAAAAAUAAUUAAAAAACAUCAUUGAUUAUUCCCAGUGAGGCAAUCAUAGUAAAGAGAGAGUCAGGUAAUCAUGUUGUUUAGCUCCAUAUUACCUUUCUCUUUCGUACCUUUUUUAGAUCUAAAGUAAAGAUGAUCAGUCACCUUUUCAAAUAGCUUUAAAAUGAUUGUAUAAGUAAAACUAAAAAUACCUUAAUGACAGAUGUACAAAGUUAGGUAAAGGAUAAUAUCGACAUAUACAUAACUACACCAUCAAUCACAUUUUCAUAGAGUUGAGAUCUGUAAAUGACCUCUUAGAUCUUCAAGGCUGUGACCCUGUCAGUAUUGAAUUCUUCUAUACAGGGCAUUUUCUGUUGUAUUAUCCAAGAUGUCCACUGCAAUUUCUUCCCUUUUUUUGUGAGAUUGUAUGACUACUAUUUUUUUUUUUCUGGCAGUGCAUAUUGUUGCUGUGAGGGGAACUUAAAAUAAGGUUUUUAUCUAUGAUCUUCACAAAAUUAAAUUCUUCCUCCAGCUUUGUAUGACUCCUAAGAAGAAAUAUACUUAUUAGUUUCAGUGGGAUUUAUAAAAUAUAAUUGGGCAGAUAAAUAUGCAAAAGAAAAUACGUGUAGAUGGGAGUAUGUUAAAAAUGGUUGUUAAUUUUCAAAAGGUUACUUCUCAUCCAAUAAAUAGUCUGUAGAA